CCGCGGAGGUUCGCUUAGAACGACCAGAAUCAAUGCAUGCGGCUAUGGAAGUGGCCCGACGCCGAGAAGAUCAUCUCGUGGCAACUCGAAGGGGACGGGCAGAUGCACGCUACCCCGAGACACGACGCGCACAACCGGAUGCAAGCGAUAUGGUUCCGAGCGGCCGACCACCUGACAACUCUCGACUGACUAAUAGCGCGCGACCACCGAGAUCGGAAGUUAAGCACUUGACGCUUGAUGAGAUAAAGCGCCGACGGGAGAAAGGGCUAUGUUUUAAAUGCGAAGAAAGAUUUACGCCUGUAAUCAGUCAGAAUGUAAUCAUGUAUUCAAUAAUGUUAAACUUUCUCAAUGUUCAUAUGUCGCCCCGUAGGGAACCCGAUCAUUUGGCUCCUACUCAGGCCACAGUAGUCGCACAGUUCCGCGACUAUCACGCUGAAAAGUUUUCAUGGCAGGGAGAUCCCCGCAUUGUAGAUGAAUGGAUUCAGGGCCUGGAGUUUAUCUUUGAGGUCAUGGACUGCCCCGAUAGAUAUCGCGUAAUCUGCGCUCAGCUUCAGCUUACUGGUGAUGCUAGGCUCUGGUGGAAUGUCUACUGGAGCAUGCGUCCCGGUGAAAAACCGGGAUGUACGUGGGAUAUGCUCAAGGAGCUAGUCAGCGAAAAGUACUACCCCUCUUAUUAUCGGGCAGAGAUGGAGCAUCAGUUCUUAUCGCUCCAACAGGGCACUCGUACAGUUGAUGAGUACGAGCGAGAGUUCACUAGACUUGCAGCUUUU